AUGCAUAAACAAAGUUACCUUCCAUAUGCAGAAGAUUUUAAUUUUCAUUUUAUCCAAAUACCAUACUCUGAUGAAAAUUUUUCUUUUGUCAUUUUACUUCCAAAAAUAAGAAAUAAAUUAAAAAGUUUUUUAAAAAAAGUCAAUGGAAAACAAUUUUUAUCAUUAUUAAGAAAAUCUGACAUAGCUCAAGUCAACUUAGAUAUACCUAAGUUUAAAAUUGAAAGUAGCCAAAAUUAUGUUCAAUUAUUUAAAAAUAUGGGUUUGAUGACACCAUUUAAAAGUAGCGAAGAUUAUUCUUUAAUAACUUCUAAAAUGUUAAUCAAUCAAAUUAGACAAAAGUCAAGAAUAGAAAUUAGUGAAAGAGGAACAGGAGUAACAAAAGAUGUUUUUGUAAAAAUGUUACCAUUAUCUGAUCUUUUUCCAAUACAUUCCAAAAAAAUUGCUAUCAGAGUAGAUCAUCCUUUUUUAUUUUUUGUCCUUUACAAAGAACAGAUUUUGUUAAAUGGAAUUUAUCAAUAA